UUGCUGGCGUAGGGCUGCAGUUUGAUGGCUCCUACUAAAUGAAUUGGGGAAUGGAUGAGGAAGACACACUGCUGGUCAGACAGUGCGCAUUGUUGACCUCCGCAAACAUUAUAAGGAUUGUGUUAUCACAUUUGGUAUAGUUUGGUAUUUCUUUGCAGGGACACGUGUUGGCUGACCUCCCUAACUGUAAUCUUUAUUGUAGGACACGAGUGAGGACACAGCAUGCUGUCGUCCCUGAAGACCCUGCUGCUGCUCUCGGUCCUGUGCACGCCGACCUCCAGCCUGUGCCUCCGCCUCUACUCCCGCUCCGAUCUGCUGUGCGACGACCAGAUGACCGUCGGGGUUCAGAGCGAGGAGGACGAGCCGGGUUUCUCCCCCGUGGACGGUUGGGGGUCCCUGCUGCAGUCCGCGGGGUAUCUCUCCUCAUCCUCCACCUCUUCUUCUGCUGAGUCCAGCCGGGAAAAACGGACUUCAAGUCCCACAAACUACCGCUUCAUGAGCGGGACGAAGCUCAGAGGGCUGAUGGCCCGCAACAGCAGCAAAGGGGACCGGAGGAGCAGGCUGACCCUGUCCCUGGACGUCCCGACCAACAUCAUGAACGUCCUCUUUGAUGUCGCCAAGGCCAAAAAGAUGCGAGCCAAGGCGGCGGAGAACGCGCUCCUGCUGGCUAAGAUUGGAAGGAGAAAGUAGACAUGUUGAACAACUUAGAUCUUAACUGCCAUGACCUGUGUUGGCCCCCACCGCCACUCACGUGUAAUGAUUUCUUAUUCAAUUUAAACUGGGCUACUCCUUUUGAUUUGUUGCUCCAGGGGAAGAUUAUUUUCUUUCCAAUCACAUUACAGGUAAAAUAAGCAUUUUGAAUGUAAUUAAGUUGCUCUCAUGUGAAAAGUUAUUGGCUUAUUAUUAUUAUUAU